GCGCCUGCGCAGUAGCUGCCCGUGUCGGCAGCUGCGGCGGGUCGCACGGCUCCGGCCCAUCUCGGGGGGGCGGGCGGGGGAGGCGAGGCGCGCGAGCAGAGCGCGGGGCACGAUGUCGGACGCGGGCGGUGGAAAGAAGCCGCCUGUGGAGCCGCAGGCGGGGCCGGGCCCGGGACCGGGGCGCACCACUGGAGAAAGGGGCCUGCCGGGCUCCUUCCCACUGGUCCUGAAGAAGCUGAUGGAGAACCCCCCGCGAGAGGCGCGCCUCGGAAUCUGCAUUUGAAGGAGCACCCCACCUCUGUGAUUCCAAAGUCCACUAAAGUUUGAGAAGCGCCAAUUGUCUUUGUGUAUGGACUUCCCCGAUCCUGGGAGCAGGACCUUACUUCGUCCCUGCGUGUGCCUAUCCCCGGCUACUAGGCACUGCAUUAUCCCGGAUGUGAGGAUGAGACAGGCUGCUGGAACAGAUAAAGAAAAAGGGAAGGAAAAGCUGGAGGAAGAUGAGGCUGCAGCAGCCAGCACCAUGGCCGUCUCAGCCUCCCUCAUGCCGCCCAUCUGGGACAAGACCAUUCCAUACGAUGGCGAGUCUUUCCACCUGGAGUACAUGGACCUGGAUGAGUUCCUGCUGGAGAAUGGCAUCCCCGCCAGCCCCACCCACCUGGCCCAGAACCUGCUGCUGCCCGUGGCCGAGCUAGAAGGGAAGGAGUCAGCCAGCUCUUCCACAGCAUCCCCACCAUCCUCCUCCACUGCUGUCUUUCAGCCUUCUGAAACCGCGUCCAGCACAGAAUCCUCCCUGGAAAAGGAGAGGGAGACACCCAGUCCCAUUGACCCCAACUGUGUGGAGGUGGAUGUGAACUUCAAUCCUGACCCAGCUGACCUGGUCCUCUCCAGUGUCCCCGGUGGGGAGCUCUUCAACCCUCGGAAGCACAAGUUUGCAGAGGAGGACCUGAAGCCCCAGCCCAUGAUCAAAAAGGCCAAGAAGGUCUUUGUCCCCGAUGAGCAGAAGGAUGAAAAGUACUGGACGAGACGCAAGAAGAACAAUGUAGCAGCCAAACGGUCCCGGGAUGCCCGGCGCCUGAAGGAGAACCAGAUCACCAUCCGGGCAGCCUUCCUGGAGAAGGAGAACACAGCGCUGCGGACGGAGGUGGCUGAGCUGCGCAAGGAAGUGGGCAAGUGCAAGACCAUCGUGUCCAAGUAUGAGACCAAGUACGGGCCCUUGUAACCCGUGCCCCUGCUUGGGCAGCACUGCCUGCACCUCAGACCUCUGCCUGGGGGCUCCCUGAAACCCCACACACGCGUGGAGACUUAUGACUCGUCACGGUCGAAUGGUGGCACACCUGCUCCAGGAGCGUUCACGUUCAAGCUUCAUUAUCACACGGCCAGCGCACGUGGCGACUUCUCUGGGGGGCCAGCCUCCUCACCAGUGGGGAUGCGAGAGAAUCUACGUAGACGGGUGAAUCAGCCUUAGUUUCUAUUCUUGGAUGUCCCAGUUGAAUCGGAAGGGGACCUCUGGGGUACAGAUCUCCUUUCACAGGGCGCUCAGGCUUCCCUGACUCUCCCUCAGUCUCCGGCCUAGGCCAUCGAGCCUUUCUCCACAGAAUGAGUCGUGACCCUUGUCACCCGAUGUCUUCUCAGGUAGCGGGGCGCAUUUCCAGGUGGGGUGUGUCUGUCAUCCACCUCACCCUCCCCAGAAAGUCGUUGAGAGAGGCAUCCUUUCCCAUCCCCCUCAGAGGUAGAAAGACACAGCAGCUCCUCCAUAGUGUCCACAUGGGUGCCAGGCCACAGGAGCAGGGUCUCUGCACAACCUGGGAUGGGGUGUGGGUCUGGGGCCUGCAGCACAAGUGCACCCAGCUAUUCUUAGCUCCCACACCCCUUUUCUCCUGUGGCUCUGAGGCCUGGAAGCCAGGGAGGAGGCCCUGGUGAUGGUCUCUCUCCACUUUCCAUUUGCUUUGGAGGAGGGACUCCCUGGGCGGCUGGUCUUUGAGUCUUGACCACAGUGCAGCGGGAGGCCUUCUCAUUUCCUCUUCUCCAGGUCGGUCACUCAUGGAGGCCACCUGAAACUUCUUUGUCCCACUACACUGGGCCUCUGGGCCUGCUGUUUCUUUUCACCCAGUGACCACGCUCAGAUCUUGGAUUUAAAAGGAAAACCCCCCCUCGCCUAGGAAGCUUAACUUCCUGGAGCCAGGAUGCACCUUCCGCAUGGUGUUUAGAAAACCGGCCUCCAUAGCCCCUUACACUGUGGGCGGAGAGCUGGGGCAUGUUUCUCAAGAAGUUCCUGUUUUUUCUUGCUCUGCUCUCCAGUAUGGGCCAGGCCAGAGUCCAUUUUCCCUAAAAACAGAAGAGGGCUUCCCAGUUCUUGCUUCAGGACCCCUCCCCCGUGCUAGCUGCCCGGAGUGUCAGCCGGCAGGACCUGGUGAGGGAUCACCAGGAGCACAGCUCAGCUCUUGCACGGAAUAGCAGCCUCUUGGGCCGUGCAGUUGGGCUAGGGUCCCUUCUGUCUGCAUCCCAGGAGACACGGGCCACCCACACAGGCCUGGCUGUGGUGUGGAGGGGAGGGGUCUUCGCAGCUGUGGCUCUGCUACCUCACAGCUGCUCCUUUCUCUUGUGUCGGCGGACUCAAGUCGUCCUUUUUCUGUACCUGGAAGAUUGAGGAAAGCUGUGGAACCCUCUGCUCACUGUGGUCAGCAGGGGUACCUGGAGAUGGGUGUAUUUAUUUGCUCAGGGCGGGCAGCCUGUGGUAAAGAGGGGUCAGAGGUGAGAGGCGCACCUUGUCGUGCUUAACCACUGGCUUUAUUUAAAGUGGUGGCUCCGAGUCCAGGCCCUGACCCUAAAAGACUUUUCAUAACAGAUGUUAAGACCGGGGGAAACCAUGCACUGGCCAUGGGCCACACCCCAGGAGAAUGCCACGGCCCUCUGGGGACCUGCACACCUGCCCUUCCAGGGUACUUGACAAGGGUCCCCGAGGCCAAGGGAGGCCGCCCCCUCCCUCUUGAUUUUUACUUUGUGGUUCUAUAAAAACCGUGUUCACUUUCACUGUAUUGUAACCACAACAGGGCCGUUGCAUCCGGCAUGUCCGUGUCCUGCCCCGGGCAGCUCGCCCGCCCGGGCACUCUCUCUCUGGUCUGGCUACCCACCAAGAGGGCAGUUCUCACUUUGUAAUUGGUAGAAGAGCCUCCAGCUUAAAAGCUCUUCAUUUUCUUUGGCCAGAAAGUAUAUGGCUCGUGUUUGUUUUGUUUUGUUUUGUAUUUUUAAGGAUGGACAUUUAAUCUCCGUAUGGUGUCCAUGUU